AUAAACGACAACGAUGAUCUUAAAUCUUCCAAAGAGAUUGUCUCUAGACUUCCCAUGAAGUAUAUGAGAGCACUGAAAUUAACUUGCAAAACGUUGUACGCUUUAUCCCAAAGUCCGAGCUUUAUGAAGUUGCACAUUAGUAAAGAAGCAACGCCAACAACAAGGGACGGAGAGUCGAUGAUCGUGCUGAUGGAUUACAAUCUUUAUCUAAUCAGCUUCGUCUUAAACGUUGAUUCAUCUGCAGAGCAUAAAGGCAAACUUACUUGCUUAAACGAACAAGUCAAGAUAUCUCAAGUCUUUUCCUGUGAGGGUUUAUUGUUAUGCGUAUUGAAAGAGUAUAAUUUUAAGCUUGUGGUUUGGAAUCCGUAUUUGGGACAAACAAGGUGGAUCGAACCCAGAUAUUCUCACCGCGUAGGCCGGGAUGUGGACAGCUACAGGUACGCUCUAGGAUACGUGAACAAGAACAACUCUUGUCGAAGCCACAAAGUCUUGAGGCUUAUAGAUGAUUACAUCUAUUUGGCCGUGAACCAUGCACCCGAAAACCGGUUUUCAUGGUAUGAAAUCUACGAUAUUGAAACCUAUUUAUGGACAACUCUUGACGUCCCCCCAUAUUGGAGGAUAUCGUGUUAUCAGCAUGGUGUUUCUCUCAAGGGAAAUACCUACUUUUGUGCUACAAAAAGUAACUCAGGAUACAAACUCGACGAUCACAUAAUCUGUUUUGAUUUCACAAGUGAGAGAGUUGGGCCGCUUCUGCGUCUACCGUUUUGCGCUGGGCUUCAUGACUAUGUGACUUUAUCUUGUGUUAGAGAAGAGAAGCUUGCGGCUUUACUUACCCACAACGAAUCAAAUCCAUAUGAGUUUGAGAUAUGGAUUACGACUAAGAUUGAGUAUGAAAAAGUGUCAUGGAGCAAGAUUUUGGAAAUGGAUACAGGACCAUUGGCUGACAGGCCGAUUGCAUUUACACAUGAGAGUUUCUUUGUUGACGAGGAGAAGAAUGUCUCCAUGGGUUUUGAUGACUUGAAUCGCCACACAGUUAACAUCAUUGGAGAGGCCGGAUACUUUAUAGAAUUGGAUCUCGGAGUACCUGUAGCCGACAUAAACUGUGGGGCACGAAGGCCACAUUUGUGCCCUUAUGUUCCAAGUUCAGUGCAAAUCAAACAACCUCCCGGAGGCAAAAGGAAACGAAAAACCAUUCUAGAAAAGCGUCAAUAUGAUCAAAACAUGUUGAGACUUGCCGCCUUUAUAAAGCGAACCAAGCAGGAGGAAAAUAAAUGGAGAAAACGAGUCCGCGUGGGUCUAAAGAAGAAAACGAUUUUUGAAGCCUAAUUCAGCCUCUUUCGUUUACUCACUCUUUUUCUCAUUGAAUAAGAUUACUAUCAU